CUGCCCGAACAUCCUUCUUUGGGCGGAGCAUCAUCGCGUGUUCGGCAUUAGCGAAGGCCUAGCCGAGCAGUACCUCGCUCGUGCCCGCAGACGGACCCGGGAACGGUCAGAGCGCUGUCCGCCUGACCAUGUCCGCUGCACGUCCUCCGAGUUCCGAGGUUCAAUAUCAAUAGCGAAGCAGGUGCUUCUUGCCUCAAACGCUUUUGUCUGCAGCGUGCUGCGAGUUGCGCCCUCCCGCUUUCGCCUCGCUGGCGUCCUAGGUCUACGAUGCACCGAAUGUCGAGUGCUGAGCGGCGGCGCGCCGCACCGCACCGCACGCGACGAGCGCGAGCCUCCGCGCACGAGUCGAGGGCGUCGCUGAAGACGAGCCGCACGCGCACCCGCUCGCCGCGGGCAAGGUCGACCCCGAGGAACACCGACCGGAACCUCACAAACUGGCCGACGUUCACGCUGGCCCUCGUCCGCGCCGCGCUGCUCUCGAGCGGACACCCUCUGCACCUACCCCUCCUCCUCGCGCAUCUCCAACGAAGGCUGAGACAACGGAUCCGUCUCGGGCUUGACUGUGGCUUCUACUUGCGGGCCAACUCCACGUUCCUUUAUACUAUUGCCGAUCCUCGAAACGUUCACGACACUCACGACCCGGAUCAUGACCUCUGGCUCGAGCCAGUUGAUGCACCGCAGGCGGAUUCAUCGCUGGAUAAUGCUCAGUGGUACCGGAGUCCGGCACCACUCUGCGUUGGCUACUCACCGAGACACUCGAACAAAAGCGACCCCAGUAUAUCCGUCGAAGUCGAAUCGCUGACAGACAGUAGGACCCGACGAAGCAGUCGGGCAGUCUGCCCUCGAAUAUUGGCGCUCAUCCGGACGUUGGGUUUUCGCUGUCUUCGCACCAUCAUUCGCUGUCCCUAGAGAUCAUGGCAUCCGAUACCCCUCUUCCGGCAUUUGCGACCUGGGCUGCAUCAUGGACUUCAGUAGACAGACGCAUUCAUCACGAUCACGCAGAUACGUUCUUCACGUCAAUCACGCAUAGAAUGGGCAAUGCAUUACUCCGCUUCCAAGCAAU